ACAUUGCAUAGCAACCUGUCAAAACGUGUACAUACCGGUUCUCCGUCCGCGAAAACCGCUUGUUCUCCAACUAAUUUUGCACGGGAUCGUGCGAAAGCAGGUCGCGGUUGUCGCUUGGACGGAGCCGUACCGGUUUAGAGCUUCGAGUGAUCGAAGAACGAAAAGCUCUGCGACUUCGCGGCUUAUCCCUGUUUGGCUGCUGCUGAGGCAGUGAGGGCUCAGCAAAUUGCGAAUCUAGUUACAUUUUCACAUUCCAUCAAGACAAAGCCUGCUGGCUACAGUCUGUUCGAAAUGGCCAAGCUGCUCAAUAUCUACUCGAGAGGCUAUGUUGGAGCUCGCAACAAGUUCCAACACAUUUUGGCCGUCGACCGUGUGGCCUUCAGGGUCUGCAGACGCAAUCUGGAAGGCACCGCCGCCCUGAGCCCCAAGUUGCAAACAUUUGUUGAGAAAAACGUGGCUCUGUGUCAGCCCGAAAAGGUGCAUAUCUGUGAUGGCUCGGAGGCAGAGAAUGAUAAACUCAUCUCUGUCAUGGUUAAACUUGGAACCCUCGAGCCUCUGCCCAAAUACAAAAACUGCUGGCUGGCCCUCACAGACCCUCGAGAUGUGGCUCGUGUCGAGAGUCGCACCUACAUGAGCACCGACAACAAAAGGGACACCGUUCCCGCCGGCUCAGCUGCCAAGAACACCUUAGGCAACUGGAUAUCUCCAGACGACCUCAAUAAGGCAGUCCAAGAAAGAUUUCCGGGUUGCAUGAAAGGACGAACAAUGUACGUUGUGCCCUUCAGUAUGGGCCCAAUUGGCUCUCCCCUGGCCAAACUGGGUGUUGAGCUGACCGACUCGCCAUAUGUGGCAGCUUCGAUGCGAAUUAUGACCCGAAUGGGAGCCCCUGUACUGCAAGCGAUUCAAAACGGUUCCGACUUUGUCAAGUGUUUGCACUCGGUUGGCCGGUCCACUGAGCCAAACAAUCCUUGGCCUUGCGAGCCGGACAGGACCAUCAUUGCCCACAAGGCGGCCACCAACGAGAUUAUUUCCUACGGCAGUGGGUACGGAGGCAACUCCUUGCUGGGCAAGAAGUGCCUGGCGCUCAGAAUUGGCUCUACCAUUGCCAAGCGCGAAGGAUGGCUUGCGGAGCACAUGCUCAUUUUGGGUAUAACCAACCCCAAAGGUGUGAAGAAGUACAUCGCCGCAGCUUUCCCAAGUGCUUGUGGAAAAACCAAUCUAGCUAUGCUGACCCCUAGUUUGCCAGGCUACAAAGUUGAAUGUGUUGGAGACGACAUUGCCUGGAUGAAGUUUGACAGCCAGGGUCGGCUUAGAGCAAUUAACCCCGAAAAUGGCUUCUUUGGUGUUGCCCCAGGCACAUCGUACAGCACGAAUCCUAACGCCAUGAAGACAAUAUUUGAAAACACCGUUUUCACCAAUGUUGCUAAAACGUCGGAUGGUGGAGUUUACUGGGAGGGCAUGGAGCCGAAUCCAAAUGUGCAGGUCACGGACUGGAGAGGCCAGCCCUGGACGCCAGAUUGUGGCAGAAAUGCAGCUCAUCCUAACUCUAGAUUUUGCAGUCCGGCAAAUCAGUGUCCAAUCAUAGAUCCAGCAUGGGAGUCUCCCGAGGGCGUUCCAAUUGACGCCAUUCUUUUUGGAGGUCGCCGUCCUCAAGGCGUUCCUCUCAUAUACGAAUCAUUUGACUGGAAACAUGGUGUAUUCGUUGGAGCUGCAAUGAGGUCGGAAGCAACAGCGGCUGCCGAACAUAAGGGCAAAGUGAUAAUGCACGACCCAUUUGCUAUGAGGCCGUUCUUUGGUUACAAUUUUGGUAACUACUUGGACCAUUGGCUUAGCCUAGAAAAGACUCCUGGAAGAAAAAUGCCAAAAAUAUUCCAUGUGAACUGGUUCCGCAAGAGCGAUCAAGGCAAAUUCUUGUGGCCUGGAUUUGGAGAAAAUGUCCGAGUUCUAGAAUGGGUUCUUAAUAGGCUUGAUGGAAACGAGAGCAUGGCGGAAAAGACUGCGAUAGGUUACAUUCCCUCUGAUGGAGCAAUCAAUCUCGAUGGACUGGACGAACCGAUCGACACCAAGCAAUUGUUUAGUGUUCCCAAAGAUUUCUGGCUCAAUGAGGUUGAACAGAUAGGAAAAUACUUCGAUGAGCAAGUGGGAAGCGACUUGCCAAAUACGAUAGCAGAGCAGCUGCACCAACUCAGGGAUAGAGUUAAUAGCAUGUAAAAUUUUACACACCUCAAUUUUUAACUCUGGUAUGUCAGAAUGCAAUGUGCAAUCCAAUCUUGCCUAAAUUGAAAUUUUAACUGAUGGGAAAAAAGUAUACACAACUAUAUAUUUUAUAUACAAGAGUUUACACUUGUGAAACGAUGCACUCCAUGCUAUAGGACUUAAUGUAUUUUAGUUGUUAAUUAUAUGCAAUGAAAUAGAUAA